AUGCGCCCCGCCCGGGCCUCUGGGUCCCCGGGCGCACGGUCCCCGCCAGCCGCGACCUUCCCGCCCUCCCAACACGCCGGCGGGCGUCGGGUCCCGGGAAGAUGGGCCGCCGCCGGGGCGCGGGGCCGCGAGGGGCCGCCGAGGCGACUCACCUUCGUCCAGCAGCCGCUCGAGGUGGUUGAAGAUCCCGCAGAAGUUGGGCAGGCUGCUCAUGAGCUUCUUGUCGUUCAUCAGCUGCAUCAGCAACCAAGACCAACAAGAAUGCUGUUAAGAUUAUUACGUGACCAAUUGAUUGUCAAAUGUGAAUUGAAGAAUGGAUUCCAAUGGCAUCUGAAGCAUUAUUUUGAGAGAUACCAGGUGGCUGGCAGUCUUACUGAAGAAGGAGGAAGGAAGGGGAGGAGAGGAGAGAAGAGGAGAGGACAGGAGAGGACAGGAGAGAAGGAAGGAAGGAAGAAGACAAAAAACCAAAACCACAACCACAACCACAAGAGCCAGCGCAAACGAGGAGCCUGGAGUAGAGGGAGGGCCAUCCUACCCCUGAAUGCCAGGGAGCUGGCUCUGCUCUUCGAGAGGAGGCUGGACUGCUCUUUCCUCGCCGGCUGUGCUCCGGUCUCUGCCGUAGAUAACGGCCCUGCACCUGGACUCAGGGCCCCCCUCUCCCCCAGCCCCCGAAGGCCCACCGCGGGUUGCCAAGAUAAGUCUUAUCUGGGACUCGGUUUCCUGACCACCAAGUGACCCCGGGGUGAACAAGGCCCACCAGGCUCAUGGUAACGUGGCCGUAACCCACACAGUUGCUUGGGGGAAACUGGCCCAAAGGAAUAAAACCACAACACGGGCUCGUAAGCUUGGUUGUUGGGUAGACGUGAACUCGCUCUCCUGUUCGUCUCCGGGAGACACAGCCUACUUUCUAAGCUGCACUUUACCGCAUCGAUUUAAAGGUACCAAUGUACGUGUACAGUCCGAUCCUUAGCGUGAAGACCCCGCCCUGCCUUGGAAACUCCGCAUUUAAUCUCUCCUGUCACUUUCAGGGAUGAAGAAGCAGGCCCGAUGGAGAAGGACCAGCAUCAGUUUAUUGACUUCUGAGAACUAUUCACCUUUUGCAGAGAAGGGAAAAACCCCUCCUCGUAUCUAGGGCCUGCUGGGUGCUAAUUUGACAUGGCAAUGAGAUAAAAGUUGGGCUCGGGCUGCCGUCAACCUCACCGGAUCGGAAUGCCGUCUACUUAGCAUAGGAGUCAAACAAUUCCCUGGCAAUAGAUUGCUUUCCACUUGUAGGUCUACUAAAUAAAUAGAAAAGUAAUUAACAGUGUGCUAUGGCAGAUGUAUCGGGGGAAUUUCAUUAGAGCAGAAGAACGGAGGGAAUCAAGGAGCCACUUUGUAUCCCACCAUCCGGGGAAGCUUUCCUGCCGUCUCUAGGAUGGACGUGUGAUUUCUGCUUCUCUGCAAAACAGACAUUUCUGAAUCUCCUAUGAUCUCUUCACGCCGAUCCAUGGGAAAAGAAAGAAAAAGAAACCCAUUAAGUGCCUGAGAUCAGUCCACAAAUAAAGAAUUCCUCGCAUUUUUCCAUUUAGUUAUUUUGUCCCUGAAACCCGUGGAUGGUUCUCUCCCUUUUGUUGUAUUUUUUUUCUUUCCUUUUCAGUUUGCUCAAUUAUUAAAUAUCUGAAUUUUGAAAUGCUCACUGAAUGUCUCAUUAUUAUUAUUCCUCCCUCCCUUUGGAAAAUAAGUGGCUUUCUGUCAUUUAUAACAGCAGGAAGAAAUGAAAUUUCAUAAGAAGGAAAUUUAUGCUGUUGGAAGAAGAAAAGACGUCGAAGGCAUUUAUUUUUAACCGGCUUUUAAAAAAUAUAUUUGAAAGUACUAAAUUCAAUUUCACAUGUCCAGAAUGGCAUAACCUAAUUUUAGCAUAUUAAUUAACAAUAAAAGUAGUGUUUUGCCUCAUACAAAGAAAUGAAAUAAUUAACUUACUGA